GUGGGUCUCCUGCACUCGCCCCACUCGCCUCACUCCCCGCAUUUGCCUCACCCCAUUCACCCACUCGCCUCACUCCCCCCACUCCCAACCACCGCCCCCCCCCCCUCCCCUCCUUCCCCUCCCUCUCCACCCUCCCUCCCUCCCCUCCCUCCCACACCCUCGCCUCACGCCUCCCCCCCACUCGUGCCACUCCCCCCCCGACCAUGCGCGUGGUGCGCAGGUGUUCGCAGCGGUGUACGAGGUGGACGUGGAUGGAGACAUCAACCGCGUGCUCUUCGCACUGCCUGCCACGCCGCCUGCACUCGCUGCAUGUGCAGAUGAGGCAGCAGCAGCGAGGGCCCUCAAGCUUGGUGCAGUGCGUGUGGCGGCGCUGGCUGGGAGAUUUGCUCCCUGGGGCAAAGGGCCCUCGCUCGUGAAGCUGGCAGGCACCCUCAAGUUGGCUGCAUGA